CUUUUGGGGGGGGGGGGCAGGUCCAUACCGUGAAACAAUAUCCAUUCGGCUGCUUCUGUUGGGCAGUGCAACGCGCUCAGAUUUUUAUGGGGAGGUCAGCCUACUGGACCAUCAGCGAGCGAGCCACCUCCAGAGAUUCUUUUUUUUCACGUUUCACGCACUCGGCCACUAGAGAACUACUGCCAAAACUUGCCCAGGGACCACCCUUAUGGAAGAGAGUAAUGAGAUUCCGGAUGAAGCUUCCCUGGGUAAAUGAGCAUAACGAUAAUCAUGUUUGUCACGUGACAGUCAAACUCUUUUUAGAAUUCUCAGAAUGGGAAUUUAGCGAAGUUUAUGCACAAGAACCACAUUUUAAUGGAAUGGGUGCCUUUUUUUGUUUUUGCGCGUUCAAGUCAUCUGCGUGGGGCACCUGGGCUAUGACGGACACAUGAGCCCCGCCAGACCUUGAGUGGAGCCAGUUGAAUCGCAAGCGGCUGCCCUGGUAACAAAACCCAGGAUUCUCGCCGGUGCCAGGUUCUCGGUGCUCCUUGCCACCUUGAGCCAGACCCGCAGCUUCGUCAGCCAGGCACGUUACUUAUGCAACUUGUAUACUUUAUUUUUAUUUACUUAUUUUUCGUGACUCGUUCACCCUUUUUUUACGACACUUUGCACUCCGUGUUUUUGUUUUGUUCAGCUUUCCGACCCCUUUGGAAAAAGAGCUUCAUAACUCAUCGGAUUCCUCCCAGGGCAAAAUCCAUAUUCUGAACCAUCUUCGCCCGCUGCUGCUGCUGCAAUUCUCUCGCCUGUUCACAUCGUUGUAAAAGCUUCCAAGUGGAUGGCGCAAAACCGGCUCCCGCAACGGCUAAUUGAAUUUCAAGACGCUUGCCAAAAGUGGAAGACGUCGACCUUGUGAAGAGUGCCCCCUUUAUUUAUUUUACUCCCCUCCAGCAAAUCUUCCCCCCCCCCACCCAUCCUCCAGAGUCAUUCCGUUUCGCACAUCGGAAUUAAUGCCACCUCGACCACCUCAACCACAACGAUAACCGGGGGGGGGGCCCCAACUGCGGUGUUAAAAAAUCACUGGCGGGAGGACGAAAUCGCUCUUGCUUGGUGGCCUCAUUGCCGCAGCACCCCCCCCCCUCCUCUCCCACACACCACCCCCACCCCCCCACCCUUUUUGUAUAAUCAUCGUUAUUAUGGGUCAGAAGAUCUCGACGGGCGUGAAGAACGUCGACGACGUCGAGUCGUCGUCCGUCUGCCGCUCGCUGCGCCACCAGGCAUUCCUCGGGCCCGACUUCUGCCGCCCGGCGCGCCUCGACCUCCUCCUCGACCUGCCGCCCGCCAGCGCCGAGGUGCGCGCGCGCCACGCCUGGAACGACCGCGACCGCUCGCUCAACGUGUACGUGAAGGAGGACGACCCCGCCACCUUCCACCGGCACCCCGUGGCUCAGAGCACCGACGGCAUCAGGGGGCGCGUCGGCUACACGCGGGGCCUCCACGCCUGGGAGGUGACGUGGCCCGCGCGCCAGCGGGGCACCCACGCCGUGGUCGGAGUGGCGACGGCGGACGCGCCGCUCCACUCGGUGGGCUACACGUCGCUCGUCGGCUCCACCGCAGACUCGUGGGGCUGGGACCUCGGGCGCAACAAGCUCUACCACGCCGGCAAGGCGGUGGGCCGCGACGGGGAGCACAGGACUUACCCGGCGUACCUGACGGCGGACGAGAGCUUCGUCGUGUCGGACUCGUUCCUCGUGGUGCUCGACAUGGACGAGGGCACUGUGAGCUUCGUGGUGGAUGGGCAGUACCUGGGCGUGGCGUUCCGCGGGCUCAAGGGCAGGAAGCUGUACCCCGUGGUGAGCGCCGUGUGGGGCCACUGCGAGAUUACCAUGCGCUACAUAAACGGACUCGAUCCCGAGCCGUUGCCUCUGAUGGACCUGGCACGGAGGUCCGUACGGGCGGCCAUGGGGAAAGAUCGUCUCCACGAAAUAGAAUCCCUUCCGCUGCCCCCGGCGCUCAAGUCCUACCUCCAGUACCACUGAGGGGAGGGAAGACGCGGCGGCGGCGGCUGCCAUUGUGCUCGAUGUUGAGGAGUUUGGCGGUAGUGGUGGUUGUGGUUGUUGUGAAGGACCGUGACCGCCUCUGCCCGGCGUCACGUCGCGCCCGUUCUGCAGGUCUCGGCCACGGCCGCGUUCGUUCGCAAACGCAAAGACAUCCAACAACGCAACUGUGCCCUCGGUUCCCCCACACCCACACCCACACACCCCCCUUUGACUAAGAAAACAAAAAAAGGAGGAAUGCACACGACGACGUUCCACGAACCGACCGUUUCUGCUCCUUAGCCGAUGUCUUGUCGAGCAAUGUUCUUUAAUUUAUCUCGCGACCCAGACAAAAUCCCGAAGUUGUGCCAAGAUCACCAUGACAACCUUGCUCGACAGACACCCACACCGCACAAUGUGUACAGUACCUUUUUUUGUAUCUUCGCAGAAAAUUCUGGACAUGCGGCGUUCCUUUUAUUUUUUGGGGGGGCCUUUGCUCUACUGUGUGGCCGGAGGUCUGGAAGCAGGAAUUUUGGGACCGAGAACAAGCCGUGCAGUUUUUUUUUCUCACGUGUAAAAUUAAAUAAAACCACGGUUGUUUAAGGGAAGCGAGAGGAGAAAGGAGAAGACGGGGAGAUAUUGAACGCUGCAGCCAGCCAACCCAACCGCGCGUUUGCUAUGGGGGGCUUGGAUGCGGAUGGGGCUGCAAGGAUUGAGGGUUCAACUUGAAAUUAGUCCGUUAUUGUUGCCGACGUUGUUGAUCAGGCAUUACACCUCCUCAUCCUAACACUGAACGCAAAAUUGAAUGUGAACAGAGAGAACGUCAUGGUUACCGCAUUGUAUCCCACUCUCCCCUACAUGGCCAGGAUGCGAUGCUGUGUUAUCCUAAUUUUAUAUAUUUCUCUGUGGCCAUUAAUCAAUCGAGGCAAUGUGCUGGAACAACAUUGCCGACGAAUGGUAUAUACUGAACUGAUCAAUUUAUCAUAAACAUGCUGCUUCCUAAUGAUAUUGUUUAGGUUUUCUGAUUAGUUCUACAUCGUUGAUCUUGACACCCUUGGUGUGUGUUGAGGGGGGGGGGGAGGGUGCGUGUGGGUCUCAUGUCUAUAGAUUUAUUUUGGUGGUUUCUUAUAAAGACGCGAAAGCUUUUUAAUUUUGACAAUUGCAGCAAUGUGAGCAGAGCCUCCAACCCCUGGCUUGCCAGCGUUGUGAAGUUGCCAUGCAGUGAAAUUUCAAUUUCUCCCCUUUUUUUGUUACUUUAAAUUUCGUCUUUCCACCUCCCUCGUGAACCCUGACCAUCACUUCUCUUCUACAUCUCUCUCGUUUGUCCCUUUUAUCUGCCCCCCCCCCCAAAACCCAUUUUUGACAACAUUCUGCGGUUUUGCAGAACGACUUUAAUGGUGUAUGUUUUUAAGCAAGGACGCAACAUCUUAAUAGUAGGGUGGUGCAUCGGAAUUGUGCGUGGACGCUCCGUGCUGGACAAACGGAAAGCUUCAUGUUUACUCUAGGCCCCCCACCAACCUCCCACCCCCACCAUGACUUGAUGCUGAGUGGGUGAAGCUACCCGUGCAUUUAUACGCUUGUAACUUAAUUUAGCUUUUGUUUAAUUUUUAUUCGGAUGUGUGAGAGCGUGCCGUGAGUGUGUAAUGGGUGCGUGGUUUUUUUUGUUUGAGAGGUGGCUUUUUUUUCCCCCAAGUGCAAUAUUUGUGGUGCAUGCUAUAUAGAUGGUUGACUGGCAAGUGUGUAGGGAGAGAGGGGGAAGAGAGAGAGGUGGAGUUUAUCGAGGAAUGUGCGCGAUACAUCGUACGUAGGCACUCUCGUCGUGAAGAGAUUUCCACCGGAACACGGUUGAGGAUUUCGCUUUGGGCGGGGGGAGGGGGGGGGUUCCUUUGCUUCAUUUCAAAUUUUCAUCCAAACCUCCCUGAAUGUCGUUCAUCUUGAGGUAAAAUCCCAGGUAGAAUUAUUUUUGUAAUUUAUUUUUUCACCAACGGCAAACUUAGGUCUCCCGCGCGCUACUGAUUAGUGGGGUGUUUUUAUUUCAAUGAGAUGCUUUUUUUAUGUACCUUUUUUCCCUCCCCCAAUUUGGGACGCCCUUUUUAUGUACAUAUCUCGGUGACUUUCAAACCGUAGCCAUAAAUGGAAAUGUAUUAAAACACCACGUUUAGCGAGAGAUUGGUCUGGCUUUACCGUAAAGACCUCAUUUUCCCACUUUUCAAAAAUAGAAAUAAAAAAUACGAUGUUGGUACCUGGCGAGGAAAGAGUGCUGGCUCUUGUAACUGCUUUAUAUUCAAACCUGAAUUCCCUCCUCACGCAAUUACAAUUUUUGAUGCACGUCUUUUUGAUAAAGGUUUAUAUGCUCGACUGAAAGUGUUGCCUUCUCUGAAAUACCAAUUCAUUUUUGUCUUUCAACCUUCAUCAUUGCUCCCAACAGGAUUUGGCUUAAAUUCUGUCGAUGGGUUCAGUCAUUCUUUUUUUUGUUCUAUUAGUGCUGUAAUUCUUGGAAAGGUCUCUUCGAAUUUUAAAAUACCGUAGAAUCUGCUUCAUUUUCGGUUGUUAUACUUGUUUUUUUUUUUUCAAAGAGCAAUUCCUCCCUCCCAUUUGCAGUUUUAAAAAAAAUGCAAGUUGCGUCCAGGCAUGUUUAUUCCAUCCUCAUUUGUUUGCACAUUCAUUCAUGAGCAGUCCUGAAACGAUGCACAGUUAACUUUUUUUUUAUUUUAACUCGCAUUCCCCUCCAUGCGAUGUGUAUGUUACGAUGUUAUAACAAAAAAGCACAUCUUAUUUAAGAGCAAAACUACGUUUUUUUUGUAAAAUAUAAAACGUGUGGAAGCCCUGCGCCCUUUAUGUAAAAAUGUGACCCGCCCCCCAAGCAAAUCAGUACAUUGACUUUAGGGGGUGGGGGGGGGGUGUGCGCGCGCGUGUGUGGGUGUGUGUGCAUUCAGCUCCUGGUUUUAAAUGUCCAAGCGAGGGUUACAAGGAGUGUUUUUUAAACAACCUGUUAGAAUUCCUCUUCAUUAUCAGUCCGAAGCCUUUUUAGAUGCUGUGCAUUUUUAUUUUGGCGAAUGGUUUUCCAAUCACAACCCCCCCCCCCCCCACUCCUCCACUCCGUUACAUUUGUGUUUUCCAAUACCGCUUGAACGUGUUUUUUUGUUACUUUUGUGAUCUUGAGUUUUAUGGUUUCAUUUGCUGUACAUUUUGUGAAAUUUCCCCCCCUCCCCUCAUUAAAUAAAACUAUUGUAAUUUUAAAAA